GUCUCGGAGCUCUUUUCUCUCAGCCUGGCAGCCGGGCUGGUGGCGGUCAACAGCAGCGCGCUCGAGCCGCGCUUCAUUGCCGCCCAGGCCGCCCGGCGGUUGCCGUCCUUUCGCCUGCACGUGUCCGUGUGCGGGCGGCAUGAGAUCCGGCCAAUCACGAAGCAGAAGUGGUCCAUGUUCACCAUGGUGGAAGAGAAGCUGAAGCUGUUCAUUUGCACGGUGCCCAAGGUGGCGGCCAACUCGUGGCUCAUGUGGCUGCGCGCCAUGCUGGGGCAGCCGCACCCAGAGGACCCGCUGCUGGCGCUGGACGAUGACAGGGCGGGCUGGCACAUGCUGCACGUGCACUUCACUGAGAAGCAGGCCGUGCGGGCAAUGACGCGGCCGGACCUGUUCCGCUUCACGUUUGUGCGCAACCCCUUCUCGCGAGUGCUCUCAGCGUACAACAACAAGCUCGUCAUCACCGACUCCCCCAACAACAAGACCGGCCCGGGGUCGAGAGAGUACUGGAACCAUGCGUUUUUCAGGCUGAUUCGGGCGCAGUGGGAGGCAGUGAAGAAGGAGGACGACUUGGUGUCAUUCCACGACUUUGUGAAGCUCGUGGGCCUCGUCUUCAAGGAGAGGCGCUGGCACAUGGACCGCCACAUCGCCCUGCAGAGGGACGUGUGUGCGCUGGGGCUGAUCAAGUACGACUUUGUGGGGCGGUUUGAGAGUCUGGAGGAGGAUGCCAAGUAUGUGGUGAACCGAUUCGGAGGCGACCAUCUCGACAUCUUCAACUUCGGCGUCAACGCGCACCAGACCCGCGCCGACGAGAAGCUCGUGAAGAUGUAUGAUAAAGAAACAUACGAGCGGGUGAAGAAGCUUUAUGCACUGGACCUAGAAAUCCCGUUCAACAACGUUUCGCACACCAUCCCCAAGCCUCUGUUUGACCGCUUUGAGCAGAUGAAAAUUGAACAUUAG